AAUUAUUCUGCCCCGCCAAUGACUGUUUUCGCGACACCAUCGCCUAUCCCGCCGUUGUUGCUGUAGCCCCAGGGUUUGCUGGUUCUUACUGAUCUCGACGCCCCCCCCGGCCUCUCCUAGUCUUCCAUAGCAGCCAAAAUGCUGGACGUUAACGAUUUCAUUGUCGAGCGCGGCGGCAACCCUGACAAGAUCAGGGAGAGCCAGCGCAAGCGCUAUGCGCCCGUGGAGGUUGUAGACGAGGUGAUCGCCAUGUGGGACGACCACCGCAGGACUGCCUACGCUGCCACCCAACUCAACGCCAGGAUCAACGAGGUCCAGAAACAGAUCGGCCCCAAGAAGAAGGCCAAGGAAGAUGUCACCGAUCUCCUGAAGCAGAAAGCCGAUUUCGAGAAGGAGAAGAAGGACCUCCUGGCCUUGGCCGCCGAGAAAGAAAAGGCCCUGAAAGCCAAGGUCAAGACGAUCGGCAACAUCGUCCACGAGUCCGUGCCGGUUUCAGACAACGAGGACAACAACACUGUCGAGCGCACGUGGGCCCCUGAGGGGGUCACGUUUGAGAAGCGCAAUGUCCUUUCGCAUCACGAGGUCCUAGAGAAGCUGGACGGCUACGACCCGGAGAGAGGAGUCAAGGUUGUCGGCCAUCGCGGGUACUUCCUGCGCCGGUGGGGCGUCUUUCUCAACCAAGCCCUCAUCAACUACGGUCUUGAGUUCCUUAACGAGAGAGGCUACAUUCCUCUGCAGACUCCGCAGCUCAUGCUUAAGGAUCAGAUGGCGAAAACGGCCCAGCUCUCACAGUUUGACGAGGAACUCUACAAGGUCACUGGUGACCAGGCAGACAAGUACCUGAUCGCGACCUCUGAGCAACCAAUCUCAGCUUUCCACAGCGACGAAUGGCUGCAGCCCAAGCAGCUGCCCCUAAAGUAUGCGGGCUAUUCGAACUGCUUCCGGAAGGAAGCUGGCGCUCACGGAAAGGAUGUUUGGGGCAUCUUCCGUGUUCACGAGUUCACCAAGGUUGAGCAAUUCUGCAUCACCGACCCCGAGAAGUCGUGGGAGAUGUUCGAAAGCAUGAUCUCCACGUCAGAGGAAUUCUACAAGUCUCUUGGAAUUCCUUACCGGGUGGUCGCCAUUGUCUCUGGUGCUCUGAACAACGCCGCUGCCAAGAAGCUUGACCUCGAGGCUUGGUUCCCGCAUCAGGGCGAGUUCAAGGAGUUGGUGAGCUGCUCGAACUGCACCGAUUACCAGAGCCGGGACCUCGAGAUCCGCUUCGGAGUCAAGAAGCAGACCGACAUCAAGAAGACCUAUGUUCACUGCCUCAACUCCACUCUCACGGCAACCACGAGGACAAUCUGCGCGAUCCUGGAGAAUUUCCAGACCGAAGAUGGUGUCCGCAUUCCCGAACCGCUGCGGAAGUACCUCCCCGGAGCUCCCGAUUUCAUUCCAUUUGCGAAGAGGGAUGCGGAGAAGAAGGAAGGCGAGAAGAAGGAGGUCCCCGUCCGGUAAUGGAACGAGGGUACCCACGGAGGAGUUCUGGUGUUCGUUGUGAUAGGAGCAGGUAGCAAGCCUUGUUUGAGCGGGCGAGCUUUGCAUCUUUUGAGCAGGAAUCUGCUGCGAUAGAACAGUGCUGUCGUAUCAAGGAAUCGUUGAUUACCAGGUGACUCCGAUCCAAAGGCACUCAUCAU